UGCAGUCAACGAAAAAACAUUAUGCUCGGAACCUGUUUGCUUUGACAUUUACCCCGCUGCUUGCUACCACGACUGUUUGCGUUGUUGUUUUAACUGCUGAAGGGUAACCGGGUUCGACUCUCGUCAUCUGCUUUACCUGUCGUUUAGAAUUCCGUCAUGCAGAUACAGCGUUGACAUCACGCACAUCGUUAAUAGACAGGAGAGGAGGAGAGGAGCUGGUAGGAAUAGACGAAUGUGACAUGUUUAUGUUUUGCCGCGGUCAAUCCUACACUACAUGUACACUACCUAACGUGCGCAUUAAUUAUAUCAUAGCGCGAUAUCUUUCGGGGAGAGCAGUGAGUAUGUAGGAAUUGGAUAGGGCCAGGACAGACGGAUAUUUAAAAGGACCACUGUUGAACAGUAUUACCAUCGGAUGUAUUGCUAUUUCUCUCUAAAUUAUUUCACCAUCUAUUCAUUUUUUCCCCAGAGACUUUAUGAGCGCUUAGUCACUCGUUUUAUUUCAGAACCCUGGACAGCGCUAUACCGAACCAAAGUAAUGGUCGGAGCGGAGGAUAAACUACAAAUCAUUCUCUUCUGCAACGUGUUCUUACCUGUUAUUGAUAUCGAGAGAGCAAAGUGGAAUUAAGAGACGUCUGACCUACGUGUACUGUUAAUUGACAUCUGUUUCUGUUAAUUUUUUACAUAACUUUACUUUCACCCGGUUAGCUAUUGAUUGCGCUAAAUGUGUAACUACAAGAGGAUACCCGUCUAUCUGCAAAUGAUAUCCAACCGACUUGAUUUAUAGUCUAGGUGACUAUGGAUUUGUCUCGUUCAUAAUAUUGUCCCGAGACCAACACGUGUUGAGUGUAGACAGAGGAAGAAUCAUUUAGAGGCAGAAAAACAGCCUUUUGUGUAGGUUGCUCAGACUUAACAGUUACAUUUAUUUACAGACCAAAACCAAAGUUACCCUUCAGCAGAACUAGUUUUGAGAUAGGUUGGCUAUUUAAUGAGGAAUAUAAAUAGUUUAUUUUGUCUUGACAAAACACGCACUUUCAAGAGUUCUUGACGCAGCAACAGCAGAACAAUAACAGAUGAGAAUUAGUCACCAAGAUAAUUCUCAAACAUAAGCAGCAUACAACAUCUUUCAAACCAAGUUUCUGAGACUCUAAAACUUCCAACAUGGCGGUGUCCUGUCAAAGUCUACCCGAGGUUCGACGCUCCAUCAUCGGCCAGACACUGAUCUUUGCCUCGCUGACUUUACUCCUCUCUUGGUCCUGCCCGGCUCUAGGCAAGAAGAAGCUCUACAUUGGUGCCCUCUUCCCGAUGAGCGGAGGCUGGCCCGGGGGCCAAGCAUGCCUCCCUUCCGCUCAGAUGGCCCUCGACUUGGUGAACAAGAGAACGGAUAUACUGCCGGAGUACGAACUGGAACUAAUCCACUACGAUAGCAUGUGUGAUCCAGGUGAAGCCACCAAGCUCCUGUAUGACCUGCUCUACACUGAGCCCAUCAAGAUGGUCCUGAUGCCCGGCUGCAGCUCUGUGUCCACGCUGGUGGCCGAGGCCGCUCGCAUGUGGAACCUUAUAGUGUUGUCCUAUGGUUCCAGUUCUCCGGCUCUCUCCAACCGUCAGCGUUUCCCGACGUUCUUCCGUACCCACCCGUCUGCCACCCUCCACAACCCCACCAGGGUUCAGCUCUUUCAGAAGUGGAAAUGGACUAAGAUCGCCACCAUCCAGCAGACUACGGAAGUCUUCACCUCAACGCUGGAUGAUCUAGAGACAAGGACCAAAGAGGCCGGGAUAGAGAUCAGCGUUCGCCAGAGCUUCCUCACCGACCCCGCCCCAGCUGUCAAGAAUCUCAAGUCUCUGCGGUCAUAUCUGCGGUCAUAUCUGCGGUUUAGGGUCACGAAAUAUAGUGUGGAUGAAGGGCGGGUUGAAUAA